CACUACUGGCGCUCAUGCUGGCGCUGCUUCAUUGAAAAUGUUCAUGAUGUCUUCUUUAACGUGAUACUUUGAAAUAACGCCAGUUUUGGGCCACUUCAAAGCGGGACAGGUCCAAUUUAAAGAGAUUUCAUUUAAUAAGUAAUGGCGGCUCCAUUACCUCCAAAGCCGGGUCUGCCUGGAAUGCCCCCUCAGCCACAGCACUUGCCCCCUGGAGCCACAGCUGCCCCGGGACAGCAGCCUCAGCCUGGCGCCAUGAGGGAGUUUUCCCCUGUAUUCCUCUGUCGCAUUGGACAAGAGACGGUCCAGGACAUUGUCACCCGGACUAUGGAAAUAUUUCAGCUCUCACGAGCCACACAGCUUCCCAAUGGAGUGACCCAGAGCCAGGCCAUGUACCAGGACCGCUUUGGAAAACUGCAGGAGCAUCUGAGACAGCUGGCUCUCCUCUUCAAAAAACUUAGGCUGUUGUACGAGCGCUGUGUAGAGAUGACCUCUGACCUGCAGGAGGCGCCAGCAGAGCUUGUUCCAUAUGUCGGAGAAGAACUGCUGUCCGCCAAAGUCGAGCCCUGUAAUCCGGCCAUUAUCCAAGAACGGAAAGAAGUGAUGGAGAAAGUGCGUCAGAAAAACCAGGAGAUGAAGAUUCUGAUGGACCAGAUGAGGAACCUGUUGUGGGACGUCAACGCCAUGUUAACGCUGCGGAAAUAACCUCAAACUUUAUUUAAACUCUUAUAACUAAAUGAUACAUACUUUUUCAAUUUAUGGUGAAAGAGGAAUUUUCAGAUGCUGAUUUUCUUGUUUAGCAGACCUAUCAAUCUUUACUGGCUUAUUUCCAAGACACCAUUUUGCAGAUCAAUUCCCGUUUUCACUGCCACUGGUUUACGCCCACUGCUCUGUACUUGCGUCAUUCUCCAAUUUAAUUUUCUUAAUCGGUGAUACACGUAGUAUUUGGCAGCGUUACUUAGUCAUUUUUUGUACAAAUGAAAAAGGUGCAGCUAUUCAUCAGAUGUGCCAACAGCUCCAAGGCUCUUUGUUGUGAUGAGUCAGCUCCCAUUGGACACUGCAGUUUUCGAAUGUGAAAGUCAGUAAACAUGUUUCUUUUAUUAAGUCAUUUUAGAUAAAUAUUGAAUUAAAAAUGUGAAAAUGAUAACAUAAUGAUCCACGGCUGUCAUAGAUUAUAACUGUAUAGCAGACCCAAUAGGUCUUCUUUAGAAAGUUUGAGUUUGUUCUGCUUUUAUAUUGAAACGAUGGAGGCUUAUCAUCAUAUAAUUUCCCUGGUUAUGUUGGUGAUUAUAAAUGAGUUAUGGAUGAUAGUGGAAGCCAAUGUUUAGGUAAUGCAAGUAUUAUCUUAAAUUUUUUGGAGAGCUGAGCUGGAAAUAUCUUUUUUAUUUAAUCUUUUAUAACAGUACAUGAAUUUCUGUUUAAUUUGAAAAUGCACUGAAUUCUGCGCUGAAAAAUGUCAAACCUUUAAAACUACAUUUUUGAAUAUUCCCUCAUUUUAUUCAACUUGAAUUUGAGUUCAUUUUGAAAUGAGACAGGAUAGUUUUUGACCAUUACACUCGACAGUGGGGUGAAGUUAAGACAUACAUUUGAACACUGUCCCACUUUAAUUUACACCUUUUAUCACCCCAUUGAAAAUCAACAUGGUAAUCUUUGGUACUUGGCAGCUGUUAACUUUUGCCUAAUCUGUUUGCAUCUUUUGCAUAUUGUGAAUUUGUUGGUUUUGCCUCAGGCUAGUUACACAUCUUUAAAUUCACAGACAAAUAGCUUUUCCCUUUUCAUAGGAUUGGGAUCACUUUGCUGUGUUUUCAAUGGGAAUAAUUGCUCCUAAUACACCCGUAUAGACUUGUAUUGUGUUUGAAUCUCAGGUGCCUGCUUCAUGUUAAGUGACUGCAUGUAGUUUAAUGGCUUUCUAUUACAGCACACCUGUUUGCCCUCGGGAUUAUAAAGAACUGACUGUAAAUGUAUUUUUGUAAACUUUUGGGACUAAGAGUUUUGUUGGGUUACCUCAUAUUUUGUACAGAUGAUCAGUUUUCUAAUAAAAUUUAAAUGGGUAAUAUC